GCCGAGUGGUCCCGGGAGGCGUCGGCGGCCAGGAGCGGCCAUGUCUGUGCAGGUGGCAGCGCCCGCGAGCACGGGCCUGGGCCCUGAGCGCCUGAGCCCGGAGGAGCUGGUGCGGCAGACGCGGCAAGUGGUGCAGGGGCUGGAGGCCCUGCGGGCGGAGCACCGCGGCCUGGCCGGGCACCUGGCAGAGGCCCUGGCGGGGCCAGGCCCAGGGGCUGGCUUGGAGCUGCUGGAAGAAAAGCAGCAGGUGGUGAACCACUCCCUGGAGGCCAUCGAGCUGGGACUGGGGGAGGCCCAGGUGCUGCUGGCCCUGUCCGCACACGUGGGCGCACUGGAGGCCGAGAAGCAGCGGCUGCGGGCGCAGGCCCGGCGCCUGGCGCAGGAGAACGCGUGGCUGCGGGAGGAGCUGGAGGAGACACAGCGGCGGCUGCGGGCCAGCGAGGAGGCCGUGGCGCAGCUGGAGGAGGAGAAGGGCCACCUGGAGUUCCUGGGCCAGCUGCGGCAGUAUGACCCGCCCGCGGAGAGCCAGCAGCCCGACUCCCCCCCUCGCCGAGACAGCCUGGCCUCCCUGUUCCCCAGUGAGGAGGAGGAGGAGAGGAAAGGUCCUGGAGCGGCAGGGGCGGCGGCAGCUCAGCAGGGCGGCUACGAGAUCCCCGCCCGCCUGCGGACCCUGCACAACCUCGUGAUCCAGUACGCGGGGCAGGGCCGCUACGAGGUGGCCGUGCCGCUGUGCCGCCAGGCGCUCGAGGACCUGGAGCGCAGCUCUGGCCACUGCCACCCCGACGUGGCCACCAUGCUCAACAUCCUGGCGCUGGUGUACAGGGACCAGAACAAGUACAAAGAGGCCACAGACCUUCUGCACGACGCCCUGCAGAUCCGGGAGCAGACACUGGGCCCUGAGCACCCCGCGGUGGCGGCCACCCUCAACAACCUGGCGGUGUUGUACGGGAAGCGGGGGCGUUACCGGGAGGCAGAGCCCCUGUGCCAGCGUGCCCUGGAGAUCCGGGAGAAGGUCCUGGGUGCUGACCACCCGGACGUGGCCAAGCAGCUCAACAACCUGGCCCUGCUGUGCCAGAACCAGGGCAAGUUCGAGGCGGUGGAGCAACACUACGCCCGGGCCCUGAGCAUCUAUGAGGCCCUGGGGGGGCCCCACGACCCCAACGUGGCCAAGACCAAGAACAACCUGGCCUCAGCCUACCUGAAGCAGAACAAGUACCAGCAGGCAGAGGCGCUGUACCAGGAGAUCCUGCGCAGGGAGGGCCUGCCCGCCCCCCUGGGAGCCCCCCGAACGGGCACCACCGGUGACUCGGAACAGACGCUUCGCAGGAGCAGCUCCUUCUCCAGGCUGCGCGAGUCCCUCCGGCGUGGCAGCGAGAAGCUGGUCUCGCGGCUCCGAGGCGAGGUGGCGGCAGGGGCAGGCGGGAUGAAGAGGGCCAUGUCGCUCAACGUGCUGAACGUGGAUGCGCCCAGGGCCGCGGGGGCCCAGUUCCCCAGCAGCCACCUGAGCGAGGCUUCGCGGACCCUCAGCGCCAGCACCCAGGACCUGGGCCCCCGCUAAGGCCCCAGCUGCUCGGCCGGG